AUGCUCGCUAAUCCCCGCGGUAGUGCAGACAUGGAGCCACCACCACCACCCACCAACAUGUUCCACCAAGGCAGCCUACAGAGCGGAAUCGCGCUUGCCAUUCAGGAGCAGAAACUCGUUGCCUGCUUCGUUCGAGACGACGGCGCCACGAGCCACGAGUGGGAAGGCGAGUGGCUGAAGAGCGGAUGGCUGUCGACUCUGCUCCACCAAAAAGCGGUCGUCCUGCGACUCGAAGCGGGCUCGACCGAAGCCGGUUUUCUGGCUGCCUUCUCCGAUGUCUCGAGCGUGCCCACUUUCGUCGUCAUCCAGAACGGCCAACUCCAAGUUCAACUCAAGAACGAUGCCACGAGAGAUGACUUUAUCAACUCAAUCCGACGCGUCCUGGGAGCGAAUCCCAUCCCAGCCUCCAACGCAGCACCAACCUCUCCCCCACACGCAAGCACACCAGAACCUACGAAUAGUAUAGCGAAUGCUGCAGCCGAAGACGACCUGUAUGGCCUCCCCGAAACCUCACUACCCACCCUCACGUCCAACACACCAGGCAAGCAAAAAGCCACAGGCUCCCAGCACCCCACUCUCCCAUCCACAUCCGCCACCAAAGCCCAACAAGAAGCCCGCGACGCCCUGCGAAAGAAGAAACGAGAAGAUGCCGAAGAGUUAGCCCGUAUAAAAGCACGAAUAGAAGCCGACAAAGCAGCGCGCAAAGUAGAUGCCGAAUUGCGCAAAGCAGAACGCGAAAAGGAGAGGAACAAGGGCGCACUACGAGCCCCCGACACAUCACAGCCAGUGCCAACGUCCUCGCGAGGCACCAACUCCAAAACCGUCGCUCUCAAUGUUCGUUUGUUCGAUGGCCGCACCAUUCGCUCUACAUUCCCUCGCUCCGCCACCCUGCAGACUGACGUGCGGUCCUGGGUUGACACUGAGUUUGGGAAAUUGACCCAGGAUGACGAGCACAUCAACAACAAACAACUGCCUCCUUACUUUUUCCGACAUAUACUCGCUCCAUCGCCCAGUCGUGAGCUCUCUGCCGGCGACGAGGCCGUCGAGUUGGGCGAUAUUGAUCUAGCGCCCAGUGCGACGUUGGUACUGGUGCCAGUAAAGGGUUACUCGGAUGCGUAUUCCGGGGGCACUGGAGGAGGUAUAGCAGGAGCCGCGACGGGCAUCGUUGGCGGGGCCUUUGGGCUUCUCACUUCUACUGUUGGCUACGUGGGGAGUACCAUCAGCUCCGUUAUAGGCUACGGGGCGCAACACGAGCAAGGUGGUGAUGGUAGUAGCAGUAACAACCAUGGCGGUGGUGGUCGUACCAUGGGCAGCAGACCUACCCGGGAUCCCAGUCACGAUCCUGUGCUGGAUCAGGCAACUUCGGGUGGGAUGAGGGUAAGAACGCUGGCGGACCAGCGGGCAAGAGAUGUACCUCAACAGUUCUAUAACGGGAAUCAGUUGAGUACUGAACCUAGGCCUGAGGACAACGAUAAGCGAGAUUGA